GGAAAAAGGUGUCACAUUACUUUUUAGAAAGAAGACAAUAGAGCAAGUGGAUGUAAUGCUGACACGCGAUCUCAAGCUGCUGAGGGACAUUAUAGGGGCCACACAGUAGGCUGAAUUGCUAUCUGCCUGCUUCUUUCUUACUCCUAUACUAAAUCACAUCUCUGGACAGCAUAUUGGCUUUAUGACUGCAUACAACAUCUUGUAGGGUAGACUGAAAAUGAGAAAAAAAAUUUAAGGUGCCACGCAGACUUAAUUUGCUUUUACAAACAUGUCAUUGCUGCGGAUUAACCCAGACUACAAUGUGCCACACGUACGAAUAGAAGACGAAGCAGUGAUUCAGGGCACCUACUCAUUUGGAGAGAAGUUGGGAAAAGGGACAUUUGGAACGGUUAUUGGAGGAACACAUGUUAAGACAAAAAAGAAAUUUGCUAUCAAGAAGGUUAAUAAAGAAAAGGCUGGAAACUUCACUAAGAUGCUAGAAAGAGAAAUUGCAAUAUUAAAGAUGGUGAAUCAUCAAAACAUCAUUCAACUUAUAGAAGUAUAUGAAAGUCCACAGAAAGUCUAUCUUGUCACUGAAUUUUGUGAAUUUGGUGAGCUGAAGAAGAUUUUAGAGCAGAAGAAGUGCAUGAAUGAAUACGAGACCAAACACAUCAUUGCAAGUCUGGCAGAUGCAGUAGCAUACCUUCAUAAAAACGGAAUUGUCCACAGAGACUUGAAACUGGAGAACAUCCUGGUGAAAGGAAGCACACCUGAUGAAAGAGGAGUCAAACUUCACAUAAAAGUUACAGAUUUUGGAUUGUCAGUGGUGAGGGAAGGCUGUGGCUCUGAAUCACUUCUCCAGGACGCAUGUGGAACUCCUCUUUACAUGGCUCCUGAAAUUCAUGGUCGUUAUGACUACAGUCAUCAAUGUGACGUGUGGAGCAUUGGAAUCAUCAUGUACACCCUGCUACGUGGCCAGUUACCAUUUUCAGCAACACGUGAAGAAGAGUUAAGUGAAGAGAUAAAGAAGGGGGAGCUAGAUUUGUCUCAUCCACAGCUUGACUUCAUCAGUGACAGUGGUCGGGAAGUAUUGGAAGGACUCCUUUCAGUAAACCCCGCUCAUCGUUUCACAGCUAGUGAGUUGCUGGACCAUCACUGGAUUACUGGAGAUAACAGAAGCAAAAAUCGUCCCAAGAAUGUGCUUGAAAUGAUGAAACUAUGGAAGGAAGAUCUAAGCUAUGUCAACAACAGCCACUUAGUGGAAAUGAAUGGCACGAGCAAAGAAGAAGAAGUGGACACUAAAGCAAGUAAUGAUGCUGGCUCAGAGCCUCAGAAAGUUUUGAGUACUGUUGAAAAGCUUACAGGUACUAACAGAAUGAACAGGAUUCCAAGUUCUGACAGCAUUAAGAAUUCUGUGAAUUACGCUUCCAAGCAGGUACUCCCAAGAAAUGCAAGACACAUGGAAACAGCAAUAACUCCAAGAAAGCCAAGCAAAACAAAACUGUAACUAGAAUGAAGACAUCUGUGUUGGCAUCACCUUUGUAAAACUACAUGUCAGUUGCUGUGCUAAACUUACAAAUUACUCAUUUGCAUUAUAUGCAUUUAAAUUGAAAGUUGCCUUAAGUCUGCAUUUGAAUUUUAUUUCACUUUCUUCAAUCAAUGCAAUACAUUGAUUUUAACGGUAAACUACACUGAAGAAAUGCUGGCACAAGUAACACUAAUAAUUCUAGGAGUAUGGUCCUUAAAAUCACAUAUUAUCAAGUGGUCAUAAUAUAUUUGUCUCUGUUGUGAAAUAUAUUAUUUAUUUCUUAUAAAUGUCUUUAUCAAGAAUAAAAUGUGUUAACAAGAAGCCCAUGUUUAAAUUACAGUGAUACUUCACAGCAUAUAAUGCAUUUCUCUGUUUGUGUUUAGACACUACAGUUGCAGCAAAUAUGCAAGGAUCAAUAAGCACAUAUUAUGUUUUACGCAAACAACUUGUAUGCAGCGUUUGUUAGCUCACAUCUGUUCCAUUAUCAAUGUUUUCAUAAAUAUGACCGUGUUUGAAGGACAUAGAUUAAACCACUUAACAGGCAUAAUUAGAUUUUCACUCUUCCUGCCCAAUAUGAAGAUUUGUUUACUGUUACCACUAUCUGCAAAGGGCAGAGGAAAUCUUCUGCAUUAAGUCAGUAUGUGUACCGAAUGUAAUGUGUUCAUUGGGAAUACCUACAAUAAAAAACAGAAGACAAAUGAAUAACUUUGGUAACACAGGCAACCUGUAUUGCUUAUUACCCACCUGGUUGGAAGUGAAUCACUCUAUUCUAGGAAGUAGUGUUACCAUGACUCUCUCUUUCUGAGGAAAAUUAAAUUCAACAAGGCAGUUAGGCUAAAGUGAAUCAGGCAGAGUCAAAUACCAAAGAAAAUAAAUGCAUCAGUCAGAAGCUGUGUCAGAUUCAGUGCUGAAUGAAGAGCGAUGUUCAGAAAUUAGUAAAUAAUAGGUUGGUUUGGUGAGGUGCAUGUGCUAGUAACAACUAUGUGAGACCUGCCUCUUGUAGUGGAUCAUCAAUAACCUUGCUCUUUGGUAUAGGUUCCAUCAAAGAGCUUGAGAUAACAUCUAGUGUAUUAAAAUCCCCAUCAAUUUUAUUUCCUGUUUUUUUUUACCUUCCUUAAAAUAUUGUCUGUCAUUUUUAUAUAGUUUUGCUUAUGAGUGGAAAGAGAGCGCCUUUGCAUUUCAUACCACUUCCUGUCUCCACAAUGACUUGUAGUUCACCUUCUCCCCCUUCUUAACUAGUUGAUUAUUUCUUUGCCUUACUUGUCUUGCAUAGAAAGUUAAACCUAUGUUUCCCCUUCCAUAGGAGCAGAUUUACUUCUCAGUUGUGUGUUAAUGUGUGUCAUGUUUCUAUACUGUCAAAGUAUCAAAGCCUUUUUCUUUCAGAAAAGCCAUUAAUUCAGGCUUUAUUUUUUCCCAAGGUCACAGAGGCACAUCAUUUUUCUUUUCUUUGACCUUCGUUUCCAUACCCAGUUGCAUCCAUUGCCUUUGCACAAUUUUCUAUUCAUAAAUUAUGGCCUACUGAUCCUUUUCCUAUUGGGGUCACACUGGACAUCAAAGCAAUUUUCAUUUGAAUAAUGAAGUAAGUUACAUAGUGAACAGCAUAGUAAUUUAAAUAUAUUCUUAACUCAUGUUCACAUUUCUGUUUGGUAUAAUAAAUGAGAUAAUCUACCAAAAUGUUUCCCUGCUCCCCCUUCUCCUUGACAAUCUACUUUGGCAAAACUCUAGCUGAUUACAGAUGUGAGUUUUCAGCAUCCUUUUGCAAUCAAUUGUGUAAUAUUGUAGAACUUGUUUUUGUGCAUUAAUGAGCUGUUCUUCGAUGUGGUUUAUUAAGCCAACUACUGGCGUGGCAUUUGCAUUCCUUCUUACCCAUCCCUGAAGCCACAUUGUGUGUCUUCCACAAUGGGUUGCCAUCACAUGUCAGAUUGUUUGUUUGUUCGUUUCUCCAGUACUAAAUAUUGUAUUUUUUGGUCGUUAUCAUUGCCAUCUAGUCUAAUUUAUAUUAAUUCAAUGGGGCAUACAUCUAGGAAACCCAGGCUAGCUAUGUGUACAUGUUUAUUUGCAUUUUCAUGGAAUUAUUUCCUACAUCUUGAUAACUUGCUAGUGGAUUAAAUAGCUUAUGUAUCAACACUCGACUAUCUGUACUUCAAGACAAAUUGUUUAUAUUUUGCCUUAACCUCCCUGAGGUUUGGGUUGAUUUUUUUAAAUCCUCAUUUAUCACAUUUGCAUAAAUAACAAUUUACCAUAAGUCUAUUCUACAAACAGUUAUGUGUCAUUACAUUCUCAUUAAAGGUAAGUCUAUUUGAUUAUAUUCAUAUGCAAUAUUUCAACAUUUUGUCUGAUAUUACUGAGUAUCUGUAACACUCACUGUUAAGGUAGGAUUUCAUGUCUCAUGCAAUGCAACAAAUGUUGUGUCUUCCUUACCUAAAUUGUUCAAACACUACCUUUGAUUUUAUGGCUGCAAUUCUUCAAGAAGAAAUGUGGUAUAGGCAUUUAGAGAUACCAGUUCCAAAUGACUCUAGAUUGUUCUGUUAGCAUCAUGUGUAA